AGAGAUUCACACUUUCCUUCUUUCACUCAUUCACAUUUGCACGCUCCCCCUCUUCCCUCGCAUCUCAGGACCCCCAUCAUCAGCAUCAUGUUCGAUGCAGGAUAGAAACCUCUCGCGCGCGUUCUAGACAGACCCCCCAGCUCCCCCCCCCCCCCCCCCAUCCCUACGUAUUGCAUUAGCUCUAAUGUAGGCAUUUGGAGCGCGCGUGACGUCACCGGCACGCAAUUGGACUGCAUUGGAUCUGCGAUGGACGGCUAGUUUCACUUUAUUCGGGGCUGUUUCUCUCUUUUUUGGGGGCAUCGUAACGGUGCGGAACCUUUUUAGACCUUGCCCUGGAUUAUCUGGACCCUUCCUGCAGAGGAUGACUGGAGCUGACUGGAACUGAGUCAGGGAAGUGACUGUGCCAGAGAGCCCGGGGGGGUGACUACGCCGUGUCUCCUGCUGUCCACACAAGGGCGAGAGGCUCCACCACCGAGGGCUUGACAUGGGGAGGAACCGAGGCGCUGGUUUGAUUGGUGAGCUGGCCGUCAGUCAAAGCGUCUUCACGUGAGCGGAGUAAGACGAUUGGUUGUUUCUUGGAUUGGAAAGUAGGGUGGAACCAUGUCCAAGCUGAAGGAACUAAAGGAGCCCUUGUGGGUUCCUUCCACUGGUACCUUCUACGUUUUCGUCUUUGUGGUUUUGGGAUUUACAACAGUUUUCUGCCAGCAAGUCCAGUACACCACGGUCACGACAAACUACGGGAAACUUCGGGGGUUCAGGGCUUUGCUGCCCAGCGAAAUCCUGGCCCCGGUGGAGCAGUACCUGGGCGUACCUUACGCUCUGCCCCCUACAGGCGAGAGGAGGUUCCAGGCCCCUGAGCCGCCCAACUCCUGGCCCGGCAUCAGGAACGCCACCCAGUUCGCCGCCGUGUGCCCGCAGUACCUGGAGGACCGGCUCCUGCUGAGCGACAUGCUGCCGGUCUGGUUUACAGCCAACCUGGACACGGUGGCCACCUACGUACAGGACCAGAAUGAAGACUGCCUCUACCUGAACGUCUACGUGCCCACAGAGGAAGACACGCAGGAGGAUGAUGGGCUGAAGCCGGUGAUGGUGUACAUCCACGGCGGCUCGUACGUGGAAGGCACGGGGAACAUGAUUGACGGCAGCGUCCUCGCGAGCUACGGCAACGUCAUUGUGGUCACCAUCAACUACCGGCUCGGCGUUUUAGGGUUUCUGAGCACCGGAGACCAAGCAGCCAAGGGGAACUACGGCCUGCUGGACCAAAUCCAGGCUCUCCGAUGGGUGAAGGAGAACAUUCAGGCUUUUAACGGAGAUCCUCGCCGAGUCACGAUAUUUGGAUCUGGAGCUGGAGCUUCCUGUGUCAGCCUACUGACCCUGUCCCACUAUUCAGAAGACCUUUUCCAAAAAGCAAUCAUUCAGAGCGGGACAGCCCUGUCCAGCUGGGCGGUGAACUACCAGCCGGCCAAGUACACUCGCAUGCUGGCCGAGAAGGUGGGCUGCAACGAGGACGACUCCAUGGAGGUGGUCCAGUGCCUCCAGAACAAGAAUUACAAGGAGCUCAUCGAGCAGAACAUCACGCCGGCUAAAUACCACAUCGCUUUCGGCCCUGUGAUCGACGGAGACGUGAUCCCGGACGACCCGCAGAUCCUGAUGGAGCAGGGCGAGUUCCUGAACUACGACAUCAUGCUGGGCGUCAACCAGGGAGAGGGGUACAAGUUCGUGGACAGUAUCGUGGACAGCGAGGACGGCGUCACCGGAAACGACUUCGAGUUCGCCAUAUCGGAUUUCGUCGAUAACUUGUACGGCUACCCCGAAGGGAAGGACACCUUGAGGGAAACCAUAAAGUUCAUGUACACGGAUUGGGCGGAUAAGGAGAACCCGGAGACGCGUCGCAAAACGCUGGUCGCUCUUUUCACGGAUCACCAGUGGGUGGCGCCGGCUGUGGCCACGGCGGACCUCCACGCUCAGUACGGUUCACCCACCUAUUUCUAUGCAUUCUACCACCACUGCCAGAGCGAAAUGAAGCCCGCGUGGGCCGACUCGGCACACGGAGAUGAACUUCCGUACGUGUUCGGGAUCCCGAUGAUCGGCCCGACGGAUCUCUUCAGCUGUAACUUCUCCAAGAACGACAUCAUGCUGAGUGCCGUGGUUAUGACCUACUGGACCAACUUUGCCAAAACUGGGGACCCAAAUCAACCAGUUCCACAGGAUACAAAAUUCAUCCACACCAAACCCAAUCGCUUUGAAGAAGUGGCAUGGUCCAAGUACAACCCUAAAGACCAGCUCUACCUGCACAUCGGUCUAAAGCCUCGAGUCAGGGAUCACUACAGGGCCACUAAAGUCGCUUUCUGGUUGGAGCUGGUGCCGCACUUGCACAAUAUUAAUGAUUUUUUCCACUACGUGUCGUCGACCACCAAGAUUCCGCCUCAGGACACAACGCCCUUCUCCUACACCAAGCGUUUAUCCACCAAACUCUGGCCGUCCACCACUCGGCACCCUGCCAUUCCAGCCGGCAACACCAAGCAGGCCCCGGACCAGCAGAAGACGCCGGACCAUGACGAUGGAUCCGUGAUCAUCGAAGCCAGAGACUACUCCACCGAGCUCAGCGUCACCAUCGCUGUCGGAGCGUCGCUGCUCUUCCUAAACAUCCUGGCUUUUGCUGCUCUGUAUUACAAGAAGGACAAGCACCGUUUGGAGUCUAGCCGGCGGCUGAGUCCCCCGAGGAACCUUGUGAACGACGUGCCACGAGUACCGAGCGAGGAGCUGAUGUCUCUGCAGAUGAAGCAACUGGAUCACGACCACGAUCACGACUGCGAAUCUCUGCAGGGUCACGACAUGCUCAGGCUGACCUGCCCCCCGGAUUACGCCCUGACGCUGCGCCGGUCCCCGGACGACAUCCCCCUCAUGACCCCCAACACCAUAACCAUGAUCCCCAACUCGCUGUCGGGGAUACAGUCCUCAUAUCACCCCUUUAGCACAUAUGCUAACAGCACUCCCAGCAAUACUGGCCUCCCUCACGGACACUCCACCACUAGAGUAUAACUCUAUAAGUGGCUCAAAGACUCAAAAAACUUGACAAGCAACAAAUUAUUUAAGUCAAAGAAAGAAAAAGAAACAGAAACAGAAAGAAAGAGAGAGAGCACCCCAGCGGUUUGGGUACGAACACUGCAGGGUGUUACAGUAUUUUGUUACUGACUAUGAAUUAUUACUAUGAAUUAUGUGACGUCAAGCUCGAUUAACCUGUAUAAUGUGAACAGUGAAUGUAUUGAUUUUUUUUUACAUCUAAGCCGCAGCAGCAAGUUAAGCUCGACAAAAAAAAGUGUCAGAGCAAAAAAUACAUAAAUAAAUAAAUAAAUGAAGAAUCUUCAAUCUUCAAUUUCUAGGACACCCCAUGGUUUAUAAAGAGACCCAUGGUUUGCAUCCUGAUCUCUUUAGUGAGGGGAGCGAUGGACUGAUAGAUUGAUCGAUUGAUAGAUACUCUAGAAGUGAUGUGACGUUGCGUUGCCUACAAAAAGCGCCCACAAGGAUGUUUUUGGUGCAACCCAGGAUAUCAUCGAAAUCAGAAACCAGUUAAUACUUAAAAAAAACAACAACUUUAGAAGCAAUAGUAGCAUUAGCCAUGACUCUUCAUAACCCUGGCUGGCUGUCUUGAUUUCAGAGAUUAAUGUCCCGCCACUACCUGAAAGACCUGGGUACCACGACAUGCACCUCCUCCUAGCUCUAUAGUAGCUCAAAGUGAUGAUUGAUUGCAGUUCCUUUGUUUCAUUCAUCUCGACCUUGUUUCAUCGGAUUUUACAUCGGCACAUUUGCGAUUUGCACAUCAAACAGAUCAAAAAAAGAACUCUAAAUAACAACCGUGUCUCCGAGUCGCAGCCUCGCCAGGCUUAAAUCCUGACAAAAGAGAUCAGAGUGCAGUGUAAAUAUCCGUGCCGUGCAUCGAGCGCAUCGUACUGUAAAUCCAAAGAGCUUAGCUCCUGAGGGUGAUUGCCUUGAAUUGGCAGUAAUCCCAUUUCUUACUUGGAAUAGUGUUAUUUUAGAGACUAAAGUAAUGUAUAUAGCAUAGGCAGCAAAACGCUGCAGCUCUUAGUGUCGUUAUGCUUCUAAAGACUUUUUCGUUCCAUUCGCUUCGUGUGCCAAAAUGCGACGAGCUUUCUUAUCUGUCGGCUUCUCGACACUCGACGCUCAACGCUGCCGUCUCAACCUUUUGUCGCCAUCACACUUCGGUUUUUCUAUUCGGUUUACAUUCAGUUUACAGCACUCCCUGAAAGCUUUCAAGUGAUGGUCCAAUAUUUUGCAAAAAAAUAAAAUAAAUAAAUAAAAGACACCUUGCAAAAACCCUCUGUAAAAACUCUUGUCGAACUUCGCCAGUCCUCAGGAAGUCCCAACCAGAUGGCGUUUGGUCAUUUAUUUACAAUCUCUAAUCCCAGUAGAGGCAAGUUGGCCAGCUUUUUUGUAUCUCCACCCAUUGUUGUAGCACUGCUGUGUUUUUUCCAGUGAAGGUUUUGUUGAAGCCUGGUCGCAUCAUUGGUCUCAGAACUCUACCAUUGUAUGUUCCCAUCAAGUUCUAAUAGUUUCGAGAGAUUUUCAUCCAUCCCUAAAUGAACAUUGCCACUGUCUACUGACUGUCUACUAUGGAGACAUUGGAUAUCGAAAUCGAUAUGCAAUGUUUAUGGUUUUUGGUUUGUUUUGCAAUGUUGGUUGAACAGAUCUAUUCAAAACCAAUAGUUUGAAGAGCGUUUGCAGUGUGUUGAUGAUGUCGUUCAACACAGCCCUUUAAACUGUGUGUUACAGUAUCUACAGUAAUCUAACAUCUUUAACAUCUUCAACAUCUUUAUUCCAGGCUCAGUUUUCCCAAAAGCACCACAGUGUAAAAACCUACGACUACUUUCCAGUGUGACGCUUCAGGGAACCACAUCCACUUGGGUUUGUUUUUCGUUGUUGCCGUCGUCGUUUCGUCUUUCUGCCAAGUCUGUCAUUGUAUAUACUUAUUCCUCUCCUAUUUUAGGCUUAGAUCUGCUCUCCAACAAACAAACAAUGGACUAUUUUCUGAUUUCUUUUAGAAAAAGAAGUAAAAUAUGACUUUUUUUGUUUUUGAUCUUUUGUCCUUUUCUUUUUUCGCAAAAAAAAACAAGGAUCGUCAACAACAAGCUCCGCUGACGAUCCGCUGUAUCAGCAGAGGCGAUUCGAUGUGAACUCUAUGCUGAAGUCGUCCGUAUGGAGUCCGUAACGACUGUCUUUGUCCCCUUCGGAAAGGAUUUAUAAGCUGACGCUUUCUGUCGACCACAAGGGCAGCAGGGUAAACUGUUGUUUUAUUUUUGAAAGGUUUUGCUUUUGGCUCAAAACGUGUAUGAGACUUUUCUGCUGUUGUUUCUAAAAUAAAAGACCAUAGAUUUUAGUUA